CGGUCCCUCCGCCCCUGGGUCCCGUCGCCACACGCCGCCGAAACUCUGGACCAGGCGCGCUCUCCUCCCCGUCGUCCCUCUCCUUGGCCGGAGUCAGGCGCACACUAUGUCGGUCGCGGUCAGCAACAGGUUCCAAGGAGGGAAGGCGUUCGGCUUGCUCAAAGCUCGGCAGGAGAGGAGGCUGGCGGAGAUCAACCGGGAGUUCCUCUGUGACCAGAAGUACAGCGAUGAAGAGAACCUGCCGGAAAAGCUUGCAGCCUUCAAAGAGAAAUACAUGGAGUUUGACCUGAACAAUGAAGGCGAGAUUGAUCUGAUGUCUUUAAAGAGGAUGAUGGAGAAGCUGGGGGUCCCCAAGACCCACCUGGAGAUGAAGAAGAUGAUCUCGGAGGUGACAGGGGGCGUCAGUGACACCAUCUCCUAUCGAGACUUUGUGAAUAUGAUGCUGGGCAAGCGGUCGGCUGUCCUUAAACUGGUCAUGAUGUUUGAAGGAAAAGCCAAUGAGAGCAGCCCAAAGCCAGCUGGCCCCCCUCCAGAGAGAGACAUUGCCAGCCUGCCCUGAGGAGCCGCCUGGACCUUCUGGGCUGCCAACCCCGACCCCUCUGCUUUCUCACUGUGAGCUGUCUUCUGUGUUUGUCCUAUGGACUCACUUCUUCUUCCUUUUCAUUUCUUCACGGAAGCACAUGUUACCUGCCUUAAUGAGACUGGGGACUCCUGAGCCUCGGCCCCUCCUCUCUGCUCCCUGCUGCCCUUCCCCCCCAUACAGAAGGGCUGACAGCAAACCAAAACUGGAAAGGGCACGGAGCCUGCAAGCCUGAGUUCCCAUGUUUGAAGAGGGUCCUGCCCACCAGUUCAUCUCUCAUCUUUCUAGGUUUCUUUCUUUUUUUUUUUUUUUCUCUUCGAGACAGGAUUUCUCUGUGUAACAGCCCUGGUUGUCCUGGAACUCACUAUGUUGACCAGGUUGGCCUCGAACUCACAGAGAUCCGCCUGCCUCUGCCUCCCAAGUGCUGGGAUUAAAGGCAUAUGCCACCACGGCCUGGCCUCUUUCUAGGUUUCUAAGCUAAAUUCAGACUGCAGGUUUGGCCCUGGUGGGCCCCUCCCCUCUCCCCACCCUCAGAAGAUCCUGAGCAGGCACAAAGGCCCAGGGCAGCUUCAUGCUUCUGGUGUUCCUGGUGCCUCCCAGACACCACUGAUGCCCCUUGGUUCUCGCCGCUCUCCAUCCUCAGGGACGUAACACACAGUGAGGAGGAAAGCACAGGCAUUGGAGCCCUUCACAGGAGCCAGAGGGAGCCCUGGCUUUGCUCCUGACCCCACCUUUACAGACAGCGGAUGGACGGUAGAAAGGAAAGGGCCUGGGCGGCAGAGGGAGGACGGUGGCCCGGGGGAGCCAUUCCAAGGAGGAUGCUGAGGGCUCCAGGGCAGAAAGUCGGGCGACCGUGGUGAACCUCAAACAGAAACCAGCUGUCUGGUUGUGAAAUGCCCAGAUUCAGCUGUUUACAGUCCACCCCCACUGCCCUUCCUUCACUCGCUCCCUCAGCAGUUAUUGAUCGAGUACCUAUUACAAGCUUUAAGUCCUCCUGUGUGCUACGUCCAACUCAUAGCUCCCUUUGCAAGUCACUCCAGACCUGGAGUCUGGCGAUCAGACCAAGGGCAUCUGGCAGAUUUUAGCUGGGUCAGUCCCCUCUUUUCACUGUGCUGACCUAGGGUUAAGUACCUUGCGGAAAGGUCAAGGGGUUCACCUAGAUAUUCGAGAGUGUGACUGGAGGCCAGGUACUCAGGUGCCCUACCCCCUGCUCUAGGCUGCAUUGGUCAAAGGGAAGGGUGAGGAAGACUGUCUCCCAGCCUGGUCCUUGAGGAAGGUUUCAUCCCCUCCAAAGACCUUGGGUCAGGACUCACCCUCCGAGGGUCUCCAAGUUGGCAGCGGGGUUUGAGUAAGGGCCAAGCCUCCCUUUGGCAUCUGUCUUCCCUGUAGCUUCUUGAUGAUCCUCAGAGACCAUUUCCAAGAAUUAGUGCAGUGAAGCAUCAACCUUGACCCAUCUUACCUGAGUGGGAACCUCAGCCUUGACCCUGCCUGUGUUCUGGAAUCUUUUCUCCUGGGCACUCGGGACGAGAGACAGUCAUUCAUCAACUGUAUUCAUCAAGCACCCACUAUAUGCCCCGAGUCCAGAACCCAGCAGUGAAAUAGACUGACACAUGAAAUUUAUGUCUACUGGGGAGUCACACCCAGCCAGUGACAGUGUGAUGUUAGGAAAUUGGGGGGGGGGGUUGGCAGCGCCAGCAAGGGGUCGGUAUCCUGUAGUGCCAGGACUUCCAGCUGGCUCACGACUUGGCAAGAGUGUUAGAAGAGCCUAAGCCCUAAGUGGAAAAGGACUGGGCACUGUUCGGCUAGUGUGGUUUUCCUGGGGCCCUCAGUGUCCCACAGUUCAGUACCCAGAUGCUGUCCCCACAGCAGCUUGAGAGUACAGCAAAUGAAAUGGCCUGCUCCAGUUAAUCCUCUGGUUUCAACCAGUCCAGCUCAGGAGAGAUCAUUUAGCUAUGACUGGCUGAUUUUCAGCCUAAGGAGCUGCUUCAAAUGCACAGUCUAGUUUAUGUUUAACCCCAGCAUUCCUCCUGUAAAUAUAAACUCCUGUCUACCCAUACCCUGUCCGCUGACUUUUUUUUUUUUUUUUUUUUAAGAUUAGCAUCUUUCCCCAUGCCUUCUGCCUCAUUCUCUGGCUGGGCUGGGACCUUGCACUGUAUUCAAUGUGUCCAAUUUCCUGUGAUAGGGGAAGGCAGAACCAGUCAGUGGAUUCAUAACUUAUGAGAUUACACACCACCUCCAUAAAGGAGAACAAAGGAAUGCGCCUUUGACCUCUGCAAGGUACAGGAAGAGGCUCUAACUGAGAGGGACCCUGUGAGUCCCUUCAGUGGUCUGUAGAUUGACCCCUGGGAAGAGUCUUAAGAAUAACCCUUAGAGGGGAGGAGUUUGCAUAUAUUUCAAGCUGUAUCUAUCUGUUGGCUCCAGGGUUCUUAAAUCUCUCUUGUUAAGGGCUUAGCUUUCUUGGGACAUCAGCUGUCUUUGUUUCUGAAAAAAGACCAAAUCUAACUGGUGUAACCAGCCACAUGGGGACUGCCAAGUAUGGCUUUGUCCCUGUGACUCAAAGGACUUUGUCAGGUAGAUGUGGGUGAAUGACAUUAUGUGUGUGCAUGUGUAUGUAUGGGUGGGAUGUCAUCUCCUGCAGACUGGAAUAAAACUAGACCAAUUUA